AAGCGGAACCUAAAAGAAGGGCGCUGAGAUAGGAGGCUUUUUGGAAAAGCCAUUGAAGAAAUGGAGUUUGAUACUUCUCCGAUUAGUCGCUGCUCCAAAGAGCAUGAAAAAAUCUAUCAGCAGUGGUUUAGUUUAGCCGAUUCAGAUGGAGAUGGGCGUCUCACUGGAGGCGAUGCCAUUAAGUUCUUUGCCUUGUCCAAUUUGUCACGCCAGGAUCUCAAGCAGGUGUGGGCGAUUGCAGAUUCCAAACGGCAAGGCUUUCUUGGUUUUAGAGAGUUUAUUACUUCAAUGCAGUUGGUCUCUUUGGCUCAAGCUGGCCAUCCAGUAACCAGUGAUCUCUUAAAUGCUGAAGUUAACUUUGAAAAUUUGCAACCCCCUACCUUAGAAGGUCUUGAUUUACUUCAAGCUAAGAAAAAGCGCGCGCCUAAAAGUGAACCUGAACAGAAUGGCAAUCCUACAGUGCAAUCUUCCGUUACAGCUAAUUGGUUUUCAUCAUCAACAUCUGUAAAGAAGGUCUCUUUAACCUCCGUCACAUCCAUAAUCGAUGGACUGAAGAAGUUAUACAUCCAAAAACUAAAGCCUCUGGAAGUCGCAUAUCGCUUUAAUGAUUUCGUCUCUCCAUUCUUGACAAAUAGUGAUUUUGAUGCCAAACCAAUGGUGAUGCUUUUGGGUCAAUACUCAACCGGUAAAACAACAUUCAUUAAGCAUUUACUUAGAACUAGCUAUCCAGGUGCUCAUAUCGGGCCAGAGCCUACCACCGACAGAUUUGUGGUUGUCAUGAAUGGACCUGAUGAAAGGAGUAUUCCGGGGAACACAAUUGCUGUUCAGGCAGAUAUGCCAUUUAGCGGUCUGACAACUUUUGGAACUGCUUUUUUGUCAAAAUUUGAGUGUUCUCAAAUGCCUCAUCCUCUAUUGGAGCACAUCACGUUUGUGGAUACUCCUGGAGUUCUAUCUGGCGAAAAGCAACGAACACAAAGGAGCUAUGAUUUUACCGGUGUGACAUCUUGGUUUGCUUCUAAGUGUGAUCUCAUUCUUCUUUUGUUUGAUCCCCACAAACUUGAUAUAAGUGAUGAAUUCAAACGUGUGAUUGCGUCUCUUCGAGGCCAUGAUGAUAAGAUACGAGUGGUUUUGAACAAGGCUGACCAAGUUGAUACUCAACAACUUAUGAGGGUUUAUGGAGCAUUGAUGUGGUCACUAGGGAAGGUNAUACUCAACCUAUCGGACGCUUCCACAAAAAUGUGGUGUUUUGGCUUCUACAGAUCAUUCAAUGACAAACCAAUAAAUGAGGCUGCUACAGGGCCAGUUGGAAAAGAACUUUUUGAAAAGGAGCAAGAUGAUCUUCUUACAGAUUUGAAAAACAUACCAAAGAAGGCUUGUGAUCGUCGUAUAAAUGAGUUUGUAAAACGUGCUAGAGCUGCCAAGAUACAUUCUUAUAUUAUCAGUCACCUGAAAAAGGAGAUGCCUGCAAUGAUAGGCAAAGCCAAGACACAGCAAAAACUAAUUGAUAACUUGGAAGAUCAAUUUGUAAAGGUUCAAAAGGAACACCAUCUGCCACCUGGGGAUUUUCCUAAUGUCGAACACUUCAGGGAAGUUCUGAGUGGUUAUAACAUUGAUAAGUUUGAGAAGUUGAAGCCCAAAUUGAUACAAUCUGUCGAUGACAUGCUUGGUUAUGACAUCCCUGAACUUCUCAAGAAUUUCAGAAAUCCUUAUGAUUGAUGAGGCCCAAAGCUGAUAUAGUAUAGAGUCAUUUCUCGCAGACGUGAUGUUUAUCAUAGUGUAUCUUGUAUUCUUAUUCUUAUUUUUACUCCCACAUUGAGACUUGGGCUUAAUAGCGAAUACUGAAGCGAUACUAUCUUUUGGCAAUUAUAUAUAGUGGCUUGUAAAUAUGGAUUAAGAAUUCUUUAUUUUUUGUGUUUUAAUUAUUUCCAUUAUUUUUCUC